AUGGCCCCGUCGCCCCUAGCCAUGGCCCCUCGCGACCUGCCGCCCCUAACCGCGGCCCCGGUGCCCUGUUGCGCCAUGGUGGGUGAGGGGGUGGCAAGAGGGGGUUCCUCCUGCCCGCGUGCCCUUCAGUCGCACGCGCAGCUCCGCCCCCGCCCCCCUCCCCCCCCUCCCCCCCCUCCAUGGGGAUGGCGGGGAGAGGGGGAGGAAACUUGGAGGUUCAGGGGGAGGCAGGAGGGGAUCUGCAGCACCAGGUCCCCCACCUUUCUCCUACCUCCCCCUGCUGCGGGAGCAGCAGAGGGGGGGAGGGGACCUGCAGCACCUGCCCCCCCCCCCCGCCCCCCCCCUUCUCCUCCAUCUCUCUGCUGCGGCAGUGGGGGGGAGGGGAUUUGCCAUCCCCCUGCUGCGGAUGCGGCAGUGGGGGGAGGGGACCUGCAGCACCAGCCCCCCCCCCCCCCCCCCCCCCCCCCCCUCCUCUCCGCCCUUUUCUCCUCUCCCUCCCCCUGCUGCGGGUGCCGCAGUGGGGGGGAAGGGAUCUGCCAUCCCCCUGCUGCGGAUGCAGCAGUGGGGGGAGGGGACCUGCAGCACCAGCCCCCCCCCCCCCCCCCUCUUCUCCUCCACCCUUGCUGCGGGUGCAGCAGUGGGGGGAGGGGAUUUGCAGCAUCAGCCCCCCCCCCCCCCCCCCCCUCUCUCCGCCCUUUUCUCCUCUCUCUCUCCCUGCCGCACCCUGUGUUGGGAGGGGGGGGAGCUUGGAGGUGCAGUGGGGGGGAGGGGAUCUGCAGCAGCAGUGGGGGGAGGGGAGUUGCAGCAUCAGCCCCCCCUCCCCUUUUCUCCUCCACCCCUGCUGCGGGUGCAGCGGUGGGGGGAGGGGAUCUGCAGCCCUGUGCUGCCCUGCAGCCCUGCGCGCCCUAUGCGCCCUGCUGUCCUGCUGCCCUGCAGCCCUGUGCGCCCUACUGCCCUGCUGCUGCCGCUACAGCCCUUGCUGCUGCCCUGCGCGCCCCACGCGCCCUGCAGCCCUGCUGCGCCCUGCGCGCCCUGCUGCCCUGCUGCCCUGUGCGCGCCCUGCUGCCCUCUGCACGCGCCAUGCACAGCCCCCCCCCCCCCCCCCCGCCCCAACCCCCCCCCCCCUCCCUUCUUCUUCCUUCCCCUGCUGCAGGUGCAGCAGUGGGGUGGGGGUAUGGGGGUGGCGGGUGA